GCCCGCCGACUUUGGUUUACAAACAAAAUUCCCACCCAUUAGUUCGGGACUCGCCAUGGCAGAUGCCGUGCCGCAGCAGCAGCAAAUGCUGCAAAUCUGUCGGUUUUGUCUGUGCGAGAACGAAGAAAAUUUAGUCGCUAUCGAGGAUAUACUGAUGCUGACGCUCGCCAUCCAGGACGUGGUACGAUUCACGGGCAUUCAGAUUGAUGAGUACAACAAAUCAAUGUACUGCAUGUGUCUGGAGUGUAUUGAUAAAUUGAAAAGCUGUGCCGCCUUCCGGAACACCUGUCUGCGUAAUGAUGCUCUCUUCCAAGACCUUUGCUCAAUAAUGAAUAAGAGUGGCAAGGAGCUGCAAACGGAACCGGUGGAAAUCCCGUCCCAUCCCAUCGAUACCAAUAAAAUCGUUGAACCCGUCGAAAGCUUUCAAACCCUCGAAACCGUUGAAACGGUAGAAUUAUCAGACAGCUCUGCAUACGAAACGACGGAUUGUGACGAUGCUUGGCAAGCACCCUUGGUUAAGAAGUCCAUCUGCGAACCUGCGCCAAAGCGACGCUACAAAAAACGCAACAUCGAUUACAGUCUCUACUGCCCCCCGCAGCAGCCCACCGUCUGCUGGAACGCGUUUGCGUACCGGACCACUGUCGAGCCGGGGGACGAUUUUACGUAUUCGGCCAACUACAUCACACCGGGGGAAAUAUCGUACGAGGAGGACGACACGUCCGUCGAUUGGGAGAAUUGCCGCCUCAAUCCAGACUAUCCGCUGAUCGCUUACGAACGCCAGCGCGGCAUACGGAAGCUGCAUAUGUGCGAUAUAUGCGGCCUGCUGAUGCCACACCUUGCACCCCACAUGCUGACGCACGAGGAGGCCCACCUAGCCUGCCCGCACUGUCCGGUGAAGAUGAAGCAGAAGACUGGCUUAACGCAGCACAUCGAGACGGUGCAUCUGAAAACGGUCAAGAAAACGUGCCACCUCUGCGGCAAGGGUUUCGUACACCCUAAAACGUACCGAUAUCACAUGCGUGCCCAUCAAGACGCCGGUGAGUCGUUUCAGUGCCCGGUGUGCUCGAAGCAGUUCAUGCGCUCGAUUAGUCUGGAGGUCCAUAUAAAGAAAACGCACAGCCUAGUGGCGGCCUCAAAGUAAAGCAGGAUUGGCAAUCGGUUGAGAAUCGGAUAACGCGCACGUGUGCUGCUCAUUCUUUUAAAUAUGGUGAUGAAAAUGAAAAAAAUUG